CAGAAAUUCAUUCUUCAGAAAUGUGCGUAGUUCAUCACUUUUAUCAUUUUACACUAUAACAAAAGUCAGCUGACGUACAUACGUAAACAAAGGAUAUGUCAUUAUACCUGAAAGUUGUAAAUUAAUUAUUACAAACAGUUUAUUAUUUAUUUCUUAUUUAUUCAUAUAUAUAAAACGUCGUGAACUAAAAUGGACGUUGAUGGCGCCUCAGUACCUGGAGAAAUUGAUCAAAAUCUAUUAUUACAAUUUAGUUGUAUGAAUACAACAGACAGAGAAGAACUUAUUAAACAAAUGCAGAAGCUUUUAGGACCUAGUCUGAAUUAUAAUACAGCUAGUUUCUUCUUAGAUAUGAGUAACUGGAAUUUGCAAGCUGCUAUAUGUUGCUAUUUAGAUUAUACAUCACCAAAGCUUCCUUCAAUGUCAGUAAAAGCAUCUGAAGGUCCAACUGGUAGUUUGGAACCUGGUGCACGUUUUGAUCAAAAUUGGAGUAUUGUCAACACAGGAACAGAACAAUGGCCAGGUUGUUGUAGAUUAAUACAAGCUGGUGGUGAACCUCUUGGCGCUACACCUGUUUAUUUACCACCCCUUCCUGUUGGACAUUCCACAACAGUUACAUUAAAAUUAGUAGCCCCUUCAACUUCUGGAACCCAUAAAAGCUUCUUUCAUUUAGUUACAGAUAAAGGCGAACAGAUAGGUGAUACACUUUGGGUUGAAGUCACAGUUGAAUCUGAGAUGACUAUGGCACUUGUCGAACAAUUAGCAGCACUUCCAGUCCCUAGCAGUCGAUUGGAAGAAUUGCUUACACAGACACAAUCACAAGACGAUCAAAUGUGUUGAAAGACUCUGGAAACUGGAAAUAUAACAUUGUAAAAUUAUCAUUAUCUAA